AGUAAUGAUGAAACAGUUAAACGUGCUCAUGAACGCGUCCCACUUUGAAUAAAACCACACAUGCAGGAGGGAGGAUUGAACAUUUGUCAUAGCAAAGAGGUCUCGAAAGGAUCGUUUUACUGGAUACAUAAAGGCUGUCACAGGUCCCACAUUUACGGUUUUCCUGCUGAUUAUUUGCACAGAGGUGUGUGUUGGCAAGGAGUGACCGUAAGUGACAGCUGAGUCUAAAAGAAGCUUCACUGUGCAAUCUGAGGAGUCAGUUUUCUUCUUCAUAUCUUCAAUUAAGCAAUAAAAAUGGAGCGGAUGGAGGAUGAGAAGCCAAAGAAGAAGGUGACUGCUUACCUUCUCUUCUGUGUCUCAACAGCAGUCAUUGGCUCACUACAGUUUGGCUACAACACCGGGGUGAUCAAUGCCCCAGAGCAGAAACUACGCAGGUUUUUCCUGAAUGUGUCGAUGGAGCGGUAUGAGGAGCCUUUCAGCCAAGGAACCAUCACUAUGGUGUGGAGUUUUGCUGUGGCCGUCUUCAGUGUGGGAGGCAUGAUAGGGUCUUUCUCCGUUGGAGCCAUGGUCAACAAAUUUGGCAGGCGCAAAUCCAUGCUGCUGUCUAAUAUGCUAGCUCUGCUCGGUGGGGGUCUGAUGGGACUGUCGGCUCUGACUAAAUCGUUUGAGAUGGUCAUUGUUGGCCGGUUGAUCAUCGGCGUGUUCUGCGGCCUGUGCACGGGACUGACACCCAUGUACGUGGGCGAGAUCUCCCCCACUGCUGUCCGAGGAGCCUUCGGCACGCUGCACCAGCUGGGUGUGGUUAUUGGCAUCCUGGUGGCACAGAUCUUCGGUCUGGAGGCUCUGCUCGGCUCAGACACUCUGUGGCCUUUGCUGCUGGCUCUGACCAUCGUACCUGCCAUAGCGCAGAGCAUCAUGCUGCCAUUUUGCCCCGAAAGCCCCCGCUACCUGCUCAUCGUCCUCAACCAGGAGGAGGAGGCCAGAAAAGCACUGGUGCGUCUGCGAGCCUGUGAGGAUGUCAGCGAUGACAUUCAGGAGAUGAAGGAAGAAGCGAUGAAGAUGUCCAUGGAAAAGAAAGUGUCCAUCCUCGAACUCUUCCGCUCCCCAAACUACCGCCAGCCAAUCAUUAUCGCUAUCGUCCUGCAGCUCUCUCAGCAGCUGUCUGGCAUCAACGCUGUGUUUUACUACUCUACAGGAAUAUUUGACACAGCUGGUGUUACUCAGCCUAUCUAUGCCACCAUUGGAGCUGGAGUUGUCAACACUGUGUUUACUGUUGUCUCUCUCUUCUUGGUUGAACGGGCGGGGCGAAGGACAUUACACCUCAUUGGAUUGGCUGGCAUGGCUAUCUGUGCUCUCAUCAUGACGAUCUCCCUGUCUCUAGUGAAGACCAACCAGUCUCUAAGCUACCUGGCCAUAGUGGCUGUGUUUGGUUUUGUCGCCAGUUUUGAGAUGGGUCCAGGGCCCAUUCCCUGGUUCAUCGUUGCGGAGCUCUUCUCCCAGGGGCCCCGACCGGCUGCCAUUGCUGUCUCUGGUUUCUCCAACUGGACCGCUAACUUCCUGGUGGGGCUGGGUUUCCCUAAACUGGAGGAACUUUGUGGUCCUUACGUCUUCAUCAUCUUCAUGAUCUUCCUUAUCCUAUUCUUCAUCUUCACCUUCUUGCGAGUGCCUGAGACCAAAGGAAGAACCUUUGACGACAUUGCUCAGGGAUUUGCUGUUAGUGCAGGGAAAUCCUCCCAGUCGCCGGACCCUGAAGCGGUGGCCGUCGGCCUGCCAGAGAGCAAAGAAGCUCCACCCAUGUCUCCCACAGAAAAGGUUCCCAUGGUGGAUCUUGCAGGGAGGCCAUGAACAUCCUUAGAGAGAAGAAGAAAUAGGGUACAAGACAGACAUCAGGUUCCAAGCACAUAGAUAUUGUAAGGAGUUAUAGUUCAUAACUCCUAAAUGAUGAAAGGCUGGUGUCUGUAGAGCAAAAGCCAACUCAGUGUAUUACAGCAGACUUCAUAUGUUACUUUUUUUAAUACAUGUUUUUAGUGUGCCUUAUUUAAAAAUGAAAUAGUGUUUUUUCUAAAGGAUGAAGCAGUCAUACAUGCUAAAACAAUUCCAUGUAAUCCUACCAGACACACUUAACUGAAUUACCAGUACUUAAUAUUUAUUAACAUUCCCAGCACCUGCUUCAUGCGUAUUGCCAUAGAAGAGGCUCAACAUAUGUUAAGUGUUAAGUGCCAGCUCUUCAACUACCCCCAGUGUUAAAAGGUUGCAGGAUUUGGGGGGGUUUACGUAUUGGGGUCAAGCUUGAAAAGCUGGUUUUGGAGGCUGUUAGGUUGACCCCCCAAAAAAGAAAAAACCCUGACUUGCUGUUUCGCCUGGCUGAGAUGCCUUGCUGCUAGUGAGCCAUGUUGCCUUGAGUAGACAGAUUAAAUAUGGAGGAUGUGCUUCACCCUUAAAUAUGUUUAAGCAUAUAGAAGACACAAAAUAUAUUUAUUCUCAUGGAAAUAUCCUCUGCUUAGUGUAUUGUUUGAUAUGUUACAACAAAGACAGUUCUGUAAAUUUCUAAAUUUCUGAGAUAUACUGUUUGUAUGAGAAUGUGGUGUAGUUUACCACCGCCAAGCCUUAACGAAGAGGAGAAAGCCAAUAAGGAUACAACUUGCGCUUUAUGAUUUCAUUCCACAGCCAUUAUGUCAUACUGAGUAGUCAGCUUCUAAUUUUUAUUGUAUAGAAAAUACAUACUUCCAUCACUGUACUUGAAAUACUUUUGUCAUUUGUCCACAUUGUAGCAGUAAUUUAUGAAUCACAUGUCACAAAAUAAAAUGCCUUACAACCUCUAAAACAGGGAUACAUCAAAUUAAUAGGGCUUGCCAGUGUGAAAUAAUGUGUGGAAACACUUUCAAGACUACUGAUAAAUUCAUAAGAACACAUCUCAGCAGAAACAGGAUACUAGCCAUGUGAUACUAGCCAACACUAAAACUGUAUUCAAUUCAAAUGUUAACGCACAAAAGAUGUCUUAUCAUUUGUAUUUGUGUGUAUAUAUUGUAGAAUCUCCAGUGAUCACAUUAUGAUCAGCUAUUACAGCACAGCAUACGUGCUUCUAAAUGUUGUGUCAGUAUUUGUACAGUUGCAUCUUCUUCUGGAUUUUCAGUGUUUGAGCUUAGCAGAAUUUUAUUUGCACUUUGGCAGUCGGACUACUUUCUAAUCAUUCGUCCAUUAUUGUAUUGUGUGCGGCUCUCUGUUACAUGUAAAUAUGCUCUAUGUGUUUGGGGUGUGUGUGUGUGUGUGUGUGUGUGUGUGUGUGUGUGUGUGUGUGUGUGUGUGUGUGUGUGUGUGUGUGUGUGUGUAGUUUUGGUCAUUUGUUCCUCAUCAUCCUGUCUCAUCUGUAUUGAUUUGUCUUGCACUCUGGAAAUACCAGCACUAUGAUGAAUGUCACUGUGUUGCCUAAAAGCAGAUGUGAGAAGUGAGUAACUUGAGUGUGAAGCGAGAGUCAGGUACCUGACCUGUACUGUUUUUCUGUUAUAAUGUCCUCUGCUCUCGCGUUGUGCUAAUAUGAGUGACGCUUGCUUUGAGAAGCUUAAAAGGAAAUAAAGUUGUCCAUCUUUUCUAAGGGAAUGCGUGAAUUAUGAGCAUACACAGUCUGUUUUUUUCUGUCUGUAAUGCAAUGAGUCAAAGCAAGUUCCUUGUCAUGAAUGUUUAAUGCAACUGCAGUCUGUACUAAAAUGAAAGUGUGAGAGGUUUGUCAGAUAUUUUGUCUGGUACCUACUUCUGCACUGUGACAACUCCAUUUCCUUUUGUGCAACCCAACAAAACCUCAGUUAGCUGUGCCCUAAUUCAAUGUAGAGCUAACCAGCACUCUGAAAUACUGAAAUAAAGCCAUGAACUGAAAA